AUGCCUAUCCGGACCAACCUGCAGUGCUACGGCAAUGAGCUGGAGCCUGGCAAGGGCCGCCAGAUGCCCAUCCACUACGGCAGCAAGGAUCUCGCCUACCACACCAUCUCCUCGCCCCUCGCGACGCAGCUGCCGCAUGCCGUUGGGGCCGCGUACUCGCUCAAG